AUGGGAUUCAGGCUCCCACCGGCUGUCCCGGCUGCUCUGAGCCGUGCCUGGGGGUUUGCAUCUCCACGGAGCAAGCUGGGUAACGCUGUCCCCUGUCACCCUGUCCCUCCCCGGCUGCAGGAGGACAACCACAGCUACUACGUGUCGCGGAUCUACGGGCCGGGGGACGCCCGCCUGAGGGGGCUGUGGGUCGACAUGGCAGCGGGCAACAGGAACCAAGUGAAGAUCCACGGGAUCCUCUCCAACACGCACCGGCAGGCCUCGUUUGCCUUCCCCUUCUACGGCCACCUCCUGCGGCAGGUCACGAUAGCGACGGGCGGUUUUAUCUUCAUGGGGGACGUCAUCCACCGGAUGCUCACGGCCACGCAGUACGUCGCACCCCUCAUGGCCAACUUCAACCCCAGCUACUCCCGCAAUUCCACCGUCCAGUACUUGGACAACGGGACGGUUUUUGUGGUGCAGUGGGACAAAGUCUACCUUCAGGGGAAGGAGGACAUGGGCAGCUUCACCUUCCAGGCGGCCCUGCACAGCACCGGGAGAAUCGUCUUUGGGUACAAGGAGAUCCCCGUGCCGGUCCUACAGAUCAGUGCCACCCAGCACCCCGUGAAAGCUGGCCUCUCUGAUGCCUUCAUGAUCCUCAACCCAUCUCCCGAUGUGCCUGAGUCCCGCCGUCGGACCAUCUACGAAUACCAUCGCGUGGAGCUGGACACCAGCAAGAUCACCAACAUGUCAGCCGUGGAGUUCACCCCGCUGCCCACUUGUCUCCAGCAUCAGAGCUGUGAAAUGUGUGUGACCUCGGAGCUGACCUUCAACUGCAGCUGGUGUCACGUCCUGCAGAGAUGUUCCAGCGGCUUUGACCGAUACCGUGAGGAGUGGCUGUCCUACGGCUGUGGUCAGAAGUCAGAUGAGAAGACCUGCAAGGAUUUAGCAGAAGGCGACCGCUAUUCAGCACCUCCUGACAGCUCUUUCUCACCGCUGGAUGAAGAUGUCACCACCUCCACGUCCUCGCUCUUCAUCGACAGCCUCACUACGGAAGAUGAUACGAAGCUCAAUCAGUAUGCAGGAAGCGAAGGUGUGGGAAGCAGCCUUCCUUCCAAGAAAGCGGGCGCCCCGAUUCACACAGGUACUAUCGUGGGGAUCGUUCUGGCUGUGCUGCUCAUUGCAGCCAUCAUCCUUGCUGGAAUUUACAUCAACAGCCACCCCACCUCCAACGCUGCCCUGUUCUUCAUUGAGCGAAGACCACAUCACUGGCCUGCCAUGAAAUUCCGAAAUCACACCAACCGUGCAACAUACUCGGAGGUGGAGCCAGCCAGCCAGGAGAAGGAAGGCUUUGUCGAAGCAGAACAGUGCUGA